AAAAUAUUAAAAAUGUUGAUAAUUUAAAAUCCUUUUUGUAAAAUAAAUAAAUGAUGAUUUUUUCCUGUAAAAUAUUUCCAAAUUCUCUGUAGAAUCAUGGUUCGGUUCUGGAUUGACGGAAUUGAGGUUUUUUUUCCUUACCCGAAAAUUUACCCGGAGCAAAUCGCAUAUAUGAAAAGCCUCAAAACUGCUCUAGAUUCCAAGGGCCACGCUGUACUUGAAAUGCCAACCGGAACAGGUAAAACGGUGGCAUUAUUUAGUUUUGUAUCGAGUUAUCAACUUGCAAGGCCGGAAUUGGGUAAGCUCGUGUAUUGUACCCGUACAAUCCAUGAGAUGGAAAAGGCACUUCUUGAGCUCAGCGAAGUCAUUUCAUAUCGCAAUUCACAGUUAAAUAUACAUCACUCCUCCUCUUAUGGUGGAUCUUCCUCUUACAAAACCAAUACAAAUGAGAAUCCAAACUCCAAAGAUAUAAAUUCAGUUAAAAAUAUAAACUCGGUUAAGGAAGUGAAAGAAGAAAAAAAGGUGAAGGUUAAGAUGGAAUUGGAUGUAGAUGGACCAAAAAAUGAUUAUUUUUUGGCAGUAGGGCUUUGUUCACGACGUAAUCUGUGUAUCCAUCCUGAGGUUUCUUCACACGCCGAUCGCACAAAAAUAGAUGAAAAAUGUUGUGAUUUAACAUCCGUAUGGCGUAGAAUGCAGUUUGAGGAUUUGGAGGAUAAGAAGAGGAAUGAAUAUACAUUGGACUACGAGGGGUCAAGGCCUAUUAGAAGAAGACCAAGCGCCUCCGCAGUUCAAGAAAUACCUGAUAUUGAGGAGUUUAACUCUAUGGGACUAUGCGGAUAUUAUGAAACCAUGGAACGUAUCUGGAACCCAACAUUUAUCCCUUCAGGCGUAUAUACUUUGGAGGGUUUGAAGGAAUAUUGCUUGAAGUAUAAGGACUCUAGGACUGGCCGUGCUUCACCGAUUUGUCCGUAUUUCGCAGCCCGACGUGCAAUUGACAACGCUAACAUUGUUGUAUUGAACUAUCAGUACCUGAUAGACCCGAAAGUGUCUGAUGCAGUGUUUUAUCACCUGUGCACUGAGAAUUAUUUAAAGGAAAAGCGAGAAGACAAGGAUAGUAAGCCUAAGUUACCCAUCGUGGUUGUCUUUGAUGAGGCUCAUAACAUAGACAAUGUUUGUAUUGAGGCUCUAAGCGUAGAACUCAGUACUGAGACUCUCGAUAACGCCUACUCAGACCUCUCACGCCUCGAAGAUAACGUUAGGGAACUUAGACUACGAGAUCAAGAACUACUACUAGAGGAGUACAGGCGACUGGUAGAGACCACAGACUUUGGCUCUAUUGACAUUGAAGGUUACAUGAACCCAGUACUCAGACAAGAUAUUGUUGACCGUGCAAUCCCAGGCUCCAUCCGUAAAGCUGAACAUUUCAUUUCAUUCCUCAAGGUCGUUAUUGGAUACUUGAAAAAGUAUAUCAAAGUUAAGGAAGCCAAAUCCGAAGGACCACUCAUGUUUCUAUACAGGUUUGAAUCCCAAUGUAAAUUUAAACAUUUACAUAAUUUACACACUAUUAAGUUUGAGCAUGAAACUGGGAUUAAUUCGGACGUUAUGGAACACACUUAUAAUAGAAUGAAGUCAUUGUUAAACACACUGAAGAUGACAGCUGUUGGCGAUUUAACUUCGUUGCAUCUAGUUGUUGACUUUUGUACACUAGUUGGCACUUAUUACAAUGGAUUCAUAGUAAUAGUUGAUCCAUUCCCUAAAGCAACUUCAUAUGAUCCCUUGUUACAAUUCUCUUGUCUUGACGCCUCAAUUGCCAUGAAGUCCGUAAUUGAUAACUUCCAGUCUGUUAUUUUAACCUCCGGCACUAUCUCACCGCUUGAAUUUUACCCCAAAAUACUAAAUUUCACCCCAGUUCUGAUGCAAUCGCUCCCAAUGUCACUGGAUAGAGACUGCCUGUGUCCCAUUAUCGUUUCGAAGGGGGCUAACCAGGUCCACAUGUCAACCAAGUUCGAUCUCAGGACCGACAUUACAGUUCUACGUAACUAUGGUUCCCUGGUAAUUGACCUUUGUAAGCACAUUCCGGAUGGCGUUGUAUGCUUUUUCCCAAGUUACGCAUAUAUGGAGCUGAUUCUUUCUCACUGGUAUGAAACGGGCAUACUUGCCUCUAUAAUGGAGCAUAAGCUGGUCUUCAUGGAAACAAAAGACUCUGUCACGACGACACUCGCACUUUAUAACUACCGGAGAGCUUGUGACGUGGGACGCGGCGCCUUAUUCCUUUCAAUUUGCAGAGGCAAAGUAGCUGAAGGGAUUGAUUUUAACAGCCAUUAUGGACGCUGUGUAAUUCUCGUCGGGAUCCCAUUCCAAUACACUCUUUCCAAAGUUCUCAAGGCGCGCCUCGACUUCAUGAGAUGUAACUACGGCAUAUUGGAGAAUGAAUUUAUAACAUUUGACGCAAUAAGGCAGUCUGCUCAGUGUGUCGGUAGAGUUAUAAGAAAUAAGGCAGAUUUUGGAUUGAUGGUGUUUGCUGAUGCCCGGUAUACGAGGAUUGACAAGAAAUCCAAACUACCUCCGUGGAUACUCAAAAACAUGGAUCCCUCAAACUUGUUUCUAACCACGGAAACCGCAGUAUCAGUGGCCAAAGCGUUUUUUAGGAACAUGUCACAAGAGUACGUCCCCAGUAAACACACCAGGAUGGGCCAAGAAAUACUGAAUGAUGAACAAAGGUGCUGGGCCACUGUCCAAAGGGUUUUAAAUCUCAAGUAA